ACAAAAGUUACAAUAUUGGUUGUCAUUUAUUCCAAAUGCGUUUGAAAAAGUAACUUCAAAUAUGGGUGUGUGUGAAAAACACUGGCCACCAGGCUGCAAAAUGCACAAGCCUCCUUGAUCAAAGUUUGAGGUUCCUGUUGAUCCCCCAUCUAUUUUUCCUGGAUGCACAUCUUCAAUGGUGCGCCAAACAGUUUCAACACAACCAAGAUCUACAAAUAUAAAUAAAAUUUCUUUAACAUCACGAAAUGCAAUACCUGAUGAAUUGGAUGAUUUCAAUCAAAUUGAUUUAAUUCGAUUUUAUGAUGUUGAAAUAAUGUUGUCUGAAAUAAAAGAAAGAUAUCCUCAAUACUUUGCAUUCAUUGAAAAUUCAAAAGGCAUAUUGUUUGAUGUUUCUCGAUCAUGUCUACCUGAAACAACAAAUCGAAGUGUUUAUCAAAAUUUCGUUGUUAAUAAAAAGUUUUCAAUGACAAGGUGCUAUAGAAAAAGAAAAACCAGUUAUUAUGCUACACGAUCCAGUUCACUUGUUUAAAAGUAUAAGAAAUAAUUGGUUUACGGAAAAAACACAAACAAUUAGUUUAAAAAUUAAUAAUCAACCUCUCUCUGGUGAUUGGUCUCACAUUGUUCAAUUAUAUAACAGACAGAAAACUUGUGUUGCCAAAACUACAAAGCUUUCACGCAAGUCAGUGUACCCUAGUUUGAUUGAUAGACAAAAUGUUGCAAACAUGGUUGCUGUAUUUAAUGAAAAAACUGUUGCAGCAUUGAGAUUAGCUAAUUUUGAGAACACUGCCUGUUUUUUAGCACCAAUUGUUUCAUUAUGGAACAUGCUAAAUGUAAAGAGGAAAGGUUGUGAUGUUUUACUUAAUGAUAUCAAUAGGUCUCCUUUCCAGACACUCGAUGACCUUAGAUUUAAAGAAAUUUUAGCAUUUGCUGAUGCAACUUCUAAGUUGUCAGAGGGAAAGGGAUUAAAGCGUCAUAAUACUUUUACACCAGAAACAAAACAUGCUUUAGUUAACACCCUACAAGGAUUGGUAGAAUUAAUAAAAAAACUGCUUUUAGAAGAUUUUUUAACAUACAUAAGUUUAUUGAUGGGUUUUUAUUUGA